AUGACUUCUUCAUCGGUGAGGUGGUCGAAGAUAGAGACCAGUUGUUUGAACACGGAGGAGCAUCACUUCAAAAUUAACCUCCGUCGUGCAAAGAAUCACCGAAAGCUUAAUCUGUUACUUGUCCACGACAUCACUCGAUUCUCUGACAUUAAUGCAUCGGAAUUCGGAAAGCAUAUCGGAUUGAGAUCUAGAUCUCUCAGGUUCCCUGCCGACGUUAGCGAGGCUCCGAUCCUUCCGAAGAACGUUUUCCCAUUUGAUUUCAAUUGGAGAGUAUAUGGUGUAGUCACCAAUGAUGUUAACAACCAGGACGCGGAAUCUCCUCUUGACCUGAAAGAGGCGAUUUGA